ACGUUUGUCACAGGGGAAAAAACAGCAAGAUUUUUUUUAGACCACCUGAAGGUCAAAUGGAGGUAUAAGAGAUGUUGAGAAGCCUUCGUUCCCGAGCAGAAACAUUGUGACACACUGCAGACAUGCUUAGGUUUCUGGUGUUGACAAGUCUUGCAGCCCUGGUGCUGGCUGACCUGGUGCCCCAGCCCAGGUACAUCGAGGACAGCUUGGAAAGAGUUGUUGGAGGUGAGGUGGCCACACCCAACUCCUGGCCCUGGCAGAUCUCCCUUCAGUACAAAUCUGGCAGCGGCUACUACCACACAUGUGGAGGAACCCUUAUUGCCAAAAACUGGGUUAUGACUGCUGCUCACUGUGUGGACAGGAGUAGGGAGUGGCGCGUCGUUAUCGGCGAACAUGAUCUCAACAGCAACAAUGGCAGGGAGCAGAUCAAGACUGUCAGCAAUGUUUAUAUCCAUAGCCUGUGGGACUCCUCCAACGUGGCUAAUGGGUACGACAUUGCCCUGAUGCGUCUGACCUCUGAGGCCACCCUUAACUCCUUCGCCCAGCUGGGCUCUCUGCCUCCCAACGGCCAGAUUCUGCCCAACAACAACCUCUGCUACAUCACCGGAUGGGGACUCACUUCCACUGGUGGCAGCAUUUCCGCUCAGCUGAAGCAGGCCUACCUUCCCAUGGUCGACCACAAGACCUGCACCAGCCCUACCUGGUGGGGCAGCACCGUUUCCAACACCAUGGUGUGUGGUGGUGGUGGUGCCGAGAGCGGAUGCAAUGGUGACUCUGGCGGCCCUCUGAACUGCCUUGUUGAUGGAAAAUACUAUGUCCACGGUAUUGCCAGCUUUGUGUCUGGUUAUGGAUGCAACGCACCCAGGAAGCCCACCGUCUUCACCCGUGUCUCAGCCUACAUCAACUGGAUAAACCAGGUCAUGGCUUAAGCAGACGAGUCAUCCAUGUUGCAGCACACAAAGACAGAGAAUGCAUUCAGCCGUUUUUUCAUCGACUGUGCUUCCUCUUUUCUCUGAUCUUAUUCUACAAAAAAUAAACUUCAUUAAACUUUGAA